UGCAGCGUAGGUGUACGCAAUCGGUACGGUGUACAUCGUUUGUCACGUGUCGCUUUCUUCACCUUUUAGCCAAAUAACCGACGAAUGUAAUCAUGUACUGCACUUAAUAUGAAUGCGAACGGGAGACGGCCCAGUAUUGUAUGUCACUCGCGUCGUUACCACUGCCAUCUAUAGAGGUCAAUGACGUCACUUCAUGAAAUAAGGGCAUCGACUUCCGGUUUGUUCAAGGAGCAGUGAUUGUCUUGUAUUUAGACUGAUUUUGAUAGUACUGGUGUAAACAAUGCUCAAUAUGGAAACGGACAAGAUCAUGGAAGACAGCAAUUCCAGUACACAGUACCCAAUGACGAUACUCUAUGAUCCUGCACGGAAGAAAGAACCAUCACCACAGUAUGUGACUGAAAGAGAAGUGUGCUUAAAGAUGUUUGAAAAAUGGAGCGAACAAGAUCAAGUAGAAUUUGUGGAGCACUUGCUCUCACGCAUGUGCCACUAUCAGCAUGGCCAUAUAAAUACAUAUUUGAAACCCAUGUUGCAGAGGGACUUCAUUUCACUUUUACCAAAAAAAGGUCUGGACCAUGUUGCAGAAAAUAUACUGUCUUACCUGGAUGCAGAGUCACUGAGCUCUGCUGAAUUAGUUUGUAGAGAAUGGUACAGAGUUAUUUCAGAAGGGAUGUUGUGGAAAAAAUUAAUUGAAAGGAAGGCAAGAACAGAUUCCCUGUGGAGGGGGUUGGCUGAAAGGAGAGGCUGGAUACAAGACUUGUUCAAGCCCAAGCCUGGUGAAAGCCAUCCUAAUCACUCAUUUUACCGAUCACUGUAUCCCAAAAUUAUUCAGGAUAUUGAGAGUAUAGAAAACAAUUGGAGAAUGGGAAGACAUAACCUGCAGAGAAUUAACUGCAGGUCGGAGAACUCUAAAGGUGUAUACUGUUUGCAGUAUGAUGACCACAAGAUAGUAUCUGGUCUAAGAGACAACACAAUUAAAAUAUGGGACAGAAGUACACUGCAGUGCACAUCGGUCCUGACAGGUCACACAGGUUCUGUAUUGUGCUUGCAGUAUGAUGAUAAAGUCAUCAUCAGCGGCUCAAGUGAUUCAACAGUUAGAGUAUGGGAAGUAGAAACAGGUGAAAUGGUGAACACAUUAAUACAUCAUUGUGAAGCUGUGCUUCACUUAAGGUUCAACAAUGGAAUGAUGGUUACUUGCUCCAAGGAUCGCUCCAUCGCUGUUUGGGACAUGACGUCUGCAACGGAAAUCAUGCUGAGGCGUGUGUUAGUAGGUCAUAGGGCAGCUGUGAAUGUUGUAGACUUUGAUGAAAAAUACAUAGUGUCGGCUUCUGGUGACAGAACUAUUAAAGUGUGGAAUACAUCAACGUGUGAAUUUGUGCGGACUCUUAACGGUCAUAAACGAGGAAUUGCGUGUCUACAGUAUCGAGAUCAUCUUGUUGUCAGUGGGAGUUCUGAUAACACCAUCAGACUUUGGGACAUUGAAUGUGGAGCCUGUUUACGUGUUCUUGAAGGCCACGAAGAAUUGGUUAGGUGUAUUAGGUUUGACAGCAAAAGGAUUGUCAGCGGUGCAUACGAUGGGAAAAUUAAGGUCUGGGACUUGGUAGCUGCCUUAGAUCCUCGUGCUCCUGCAAGUACGUUGUGCCUACGAACUCUUGUGGAACAUACGGGAAGAGUCUUCCGCCUCCAGUUUGAUGAGUUCCAAAUUGUUAGCAGCUCUCAUGACGACACCAUUCUAGUAUGGGAUUUCCUGAACUGCAACCCGCCAGAAGGAACGCCCCAGCAGCAAACGUCUAUGGUGCACGUUGACAUCCGCUCUCCAACACGCACGUACACUUACAUCUCAAACUUUUGAGUGACGUUCCUUCAGUGUAACUGAUUUCCUCUGUGAUAAACGGAAAUUCUGCUGUAACAUGGUGGACAGCAGAAAUUGUUUGCACCGUCGGUGUUACCACGAGCAUCAGAAGGAAUACCUUAGUGGCAGUGUGUUGCUGAGGUGGUGUGCUGUAAUGGUCUGCUGCAUGUGUACUCUUUGUGAGGAAUAACUUCAGGUUGCAAGAUGUGCUCAUGCAUACACUAAAGGCUUUAUAAAAUUUUGUAAAAUAUGAAUUACGGACUUCUCGCAAACUGUUGCGCAGUGAACUAAAAAAUGGACAAGCCACCAGUUCAUCAAGUGAAUAUGUAUUGUGCAGCAUGCCUUCUGUGGAUUGGUGGUACUGAAACUAUUCUUAGCUGCAUCACGCUAGUGAAAACUUUCCAUAAAUUGUAAUUCAUUGUGAUAUGGGAAAAAGUUUUAUUUAUUACAAACAGACCUAACAUGUGCACUAUUUGACUAAGGAAACUGUUCAGCUAGUGAGCUGUGGCGACCUCAAUGUUCGAUAUUUUUUUCCUAAGAAAAAUAUGCAAUUCAUACGAACAUCUUUGAGUGGAAAUUGUGCAGAAAGUAUUAUUUAUAGGUAGGUGCACAUUUAUUGCAAGUGACAAUGUAGUGCUUUCGUUAAAUUGUAUAUUGUACUUUAAUCAUGCCUUUAGACCGCAAGAGCAGGACAGUGUCUGUUAACAGGCUUUGAAGGCUCUGUUGUUUUAUAGGCCUAAAACACUGCUAUGCAGUGUUAGAAGACUAGCUGUGUUGUAUAUCUGUAAACUAGUGCUUGAUAUUGUAUUAUAUUAAAUUGCAUUCCACAUGCAAAUUGUUGUUGUUUUUGUGUGAGUCAUCUGCAGUUUUUGACAUAGGAAAAUAAAAAGUUUUUACAAAUGUU